UCAUUGCAGUUCGACUCUACUGGAGUUUGGUGGGGCGCUUGAAGGCACCACAGCGCUGCGUCUACGGUUUCCAUGACAACAGCGAGCGGCAGCUGCCAACGACAGAAGAGGACACAAACAAACACGGCGCCAUGGACGAUUUUCAGACAGGAGAGGAGACUGCCUUUGUCGUGGAAGAAGUGAGCACCAUCGUCAAAGAGGCGGUUGAAGGAGCCAUUGGUGGAAACGCAUAUCAGCACAGCAGAGUGAACCAGUGGACCAAUAAUGUGGUGGAGCAGUGUCUCAGUCAGCUCAGCAAACUUGGCAAACCAUUCAAAUACAUCGUAACCUGUAUCAUCAUGCAGAAGAACGGAGCUGGUCUGCAGACAGCCUGCUCAUGUUUCUGGGACAACACCACCGACGGCAGUUGUACGGUGAGGUGGGAGAACAAAUCGAUGUACUGCAUCGUCAGCGUCUUUGGACUCGCGAUUUAAACUGCAGGGUGAGGGUGGGGUGGGGUCAGGGUACCUUCCUGCUGAGCCAGAUCCAACGUCCUCACUUUUGGCCAGACUUUAGACUUUGAGCAUCCCUGGUCUACACUCUUAAACAAGAUGGUUCUUCAAGGGUUCUUUAGUAAAGACAACGGUCCUAUAUAGAACCAUGAACACUCAAAAAAACCCUCUCCAUGAUUAACAUCAUGAAAGGGUUCUUCAGAUUGAU